AACCAAGAGCCCGCGGUCUAAGUUCCUGCCGGAGCCUGAAACACAGCGAGCCAGUUCUUGGGCGCAUGCUCGCUGCAUGCUACCGCCCUCACCCGGCGCAGGUACGGGAGCGGCCCACAGCGCCAUCCUCCCAGCUCCGGGUGCCCCGCCCUCCGCGGCUUCAGAGAUUGUUGAACGGUGUCGGCCUCGAGUCCUGUCGACUUCGCGCCUCCCCCGCGACUCAGAGGCAGAGUGACCUUGGCCGUGGUACAACUGACCUAGGAACCAGAUGAGCAGAGACAUCUGCAUCCACACCUGGCCAUGCUCCUAUUAUUUAGAACUUGAGAAGCAAUGGGUCCCUGGAAAACUUUCAUUAACUUCUCUCUCACUAAAAUUUAUGACUGAUAAAACUAGAGAAAUUCUUGUCAACUUUCCCCUUUCUAGUAUAAUUGAGAUCAAGAAAGAAGCUUCUCAUUUUAUCUUCCGUUCUAUUACCAUCCUGGAAAAGGACCACAACAAGCACUGGUUCAGUUCCUUGCAGCCUAGUCGAAAUGUCGUUUUCAGCAUCAUCGAGCAUUUCUGGAGAGAGUUGCUGUUGUCCCAGUCAGGAGCUGCUGUUGAGGAAUCAUCCUCCCCCAUGACCAAGGGGAAGGAGUUGACUGGUCUGAUGGCCUGUACCCAGAAGCGUUUGGAAGACACAGCCAGAGUCCUCCACCAUCAGGGCGAGCAGCUUGACAGUAUCUCGAGAGGCCUGGACAAGAUGGAAUCUGACCUGGAUGUGGCUGACAGGUUGCUGACAGAACUGGAGUCUCCUUCUUGGUGGCCCUUUAGCUUCAAGCUUUGGAAGAUGCCAUCAGAAACAAAGCCCAAGUGGGACGCCUCAAUGGCUAGUUCCAAAGCUUUUGGAAAAGAAGGGAUAGUGAUCAAAAUUCCUGCUGUUAUUUCCCAAAAAAUAGAAUCUCAUGUUAAACCAGGAAGGCUCACUGUCCUUGUUUCUGGGUUGGAAAUCCACAACUCAGAUUCUUCGCUCAUGCACAGAUUUGAAAGAGAAGAAGUAGAUGACAUCAAGGUUCAUACACCUUAUGAAAUUAGCAUCCGCCAGCGGUUCAUUGGGAAGCCAGAUAUAGCUUAUCGUUUGAUAUCUGCCAAGAUGCCGGAGGUUAUCCCCAUUUUGGAAAUGCAAUUCAGCAAGAAGAUCGAGUUUUUAGAAGAUGCCUUGAUGCUCAGAAGCACUAGAACCUCUCCCCUAGCAGAGAAGGGCUACUCAGUCUGGCAUGCAGCAUCUGGGCUGAUGGACCAUGCCAUGCACUGUGAGCCCUCCUCAGGGAGCCAGGAAGGGAGGCCACUUCAGCUACAGACGAGCGAACCGUUAAUUUCCGAGGGGGACAGCCAGGAACUGAGACAGAUCCUGAGGAAACUAAAAGAUCUCGCGUUGGAUGCCGAAACAGAGCUGGAGAGACAGGAUGAGGCCUUGGAUGGCAUCACUGCAGCUGUGGACCGGACAACCUUAACCAUUGACAAGCAUAAUCGACGAGUGAAAAAACUGACCUAGAAGGACAAGAAAGCAUAGAGCAUCCAGGAAAGCUGUGGCCCGGCCCUCACUCCUCACCCACAAGGAGUAGACGCAUCGACCCACAGUUCUGGCUCUCCUUGCUGUCUGUAGGACUUCAGUAAGUUACUUCCCACCUUUGAAGAUUCAUUUCUGCACCUAUAACAUGUGGAUUCUGGAGAUCCACUAUCACAACCAGGCAGAGCCCCUGGCCCAGGCUUACUUCCUCUCUGUUUAUCUGUGAGACACCCCCACCCCUGAUGGCUGUGAGAUGUCCUCACACUGGCUUCAGGAGCUAGGAGAGAGUGAAGAAAGGGCUUUAUGAAGCCACUCCUGUUCCAGGAGGCUGUUAGUGCUGAGGGCCUGGGAGAAGUCCCCUUCCUCUCCUUCACACGUUUGAGGAAAUGGAAGGAGCACAGUGAAGCCAAUCUUGAGGGCUGCAGCUGUGGGGAAGAAACCCCCUCACCCUCUUGGCCUGGCGAGCGAGGUGACCAGGUGCCUUUGUCAUGUCAAAAAGAACCUCUUGCUAUGGUUCCAGCAGGCUAUUUUCAGGGUGACAGCCAGACCAGAACCUGCAGCGGGCCAGGGAGGUACAGCUGGGGACUUCCAAUGAAAAUGGCCAGCUGGACACCAGCCCCAUCCACAGAAAUGUUCCUAUUUGUUCCACAUGUUCGGCGUGUUUUUAGUUUAAUGGUUUCUAUUGUGGUGCAGUGUUUCCAGCAGUAAAGUCAGGGCAGACAGGAGGUAACUGUGGGCCCAGGAUCCCCACAUAGCGAGUAGGGCACUGCCCAGUUGCCAGUGAUCAGGGGUGUGAGUAAGGGUCUGAGAGGGGACAUCAUGGUUUGCUGCUGUUUGUGGGUGCAGCUCACGCCAACAGAAGGGCAGUGCAAAGGGAGAGGACAGCAGGAAGAGAUGCAGACCUGAGGGGUGAGGCCUCUUUGGAGCUCACUCUGCUCCAUGUGGGGUCCCUCAGCGCUCUGCAUGCUGUGGAUGGAUUGGCGAGACAGUGUUUCUGAUGGGGAGCUGGCUCUGCCUGAUUGGAGAGCAAGUCCAGAGCACCCUGCCCUCUGGGGCUUGAAUCUUGUCUGUUUGAAAGCAGGAUCCCCUUGAGUUUAGUUCCUUCCCACAGCAUUUCAGUGCAGUAGACAUCAAGCAUUUCUGACAGUCAUCGAGCACAGGUGGUGAGCUCCUAUCACUGGAGGUGUUCCAGGAACCAGGGCACUCUCAAACAGUGACUGUGCUUUUUUUGGAGAAACUGCCAUAGGGACCUGUCCAUCAUGUAACAUCAUGUAAUGCUGUGGUUCAAAAAUCCGCCUUCCUACCUGCUUGUUACAAGAGGGUCCCUAACUCAAACUGCUCGUGUUUGGGCCUGAGACAAGUCUGGCCCUCCCGGCCAGCACUGAGAUCAUCACUUUGUUCAACAAACACCCCUCAGCUUCUGGGAGGGAAGAGAGGCAGUCCCUGCCUUGGAAGGGCUCAGCAUCCAUGGAGAGAGGGGCCGAGGCCCAAAGCGGGGCAGAGAUCUUCUGAUAGCACCCAGAGCACUAGGAGGCGCCCUCUGAUUGAAACAGGACAGGGAGAACAAGCCAGGGCGUCUGAAGUUCUGGGUGAAGUUCUCAGUGCCGUUGACACAUCUUGUGAUGAAUCAACUGACUGCAUGGAGCAAAGCUCACCUGUCCAGUGCCUGGGAACCUUUCUGGAAAUUGCCAUGGAGUGAGUCUCUGGGAGACAGAGAUGCAGAUUCUCAAGGUGGCAGGCCCUCGGGACUACCGUCUUCUCUCUCCUCUUUGCACCAGGGCUGCAGGAACCCCGUGGGGAGGGGCCCACCUGUAGGAGGGUGCUUGGCAGAGGAAGCAGAGACAAGGCCCCAGUCUGUGUUCUCUGGUUUUGGCCCCCACUCCCCCUGGGGAGAUAGGGCAGGUGGCUGCAGCAUGCUGGUAUUCAGGGUGAGCCCUAAGCAGGCCCAGAGGUGAUACUGGAGCCCCCAUUAGGGUCUAGGUGCAUCAGCUAUACCCACGUGCAGCUGGGUUCCUCCACCCUUCCAGUGGGGCCUGCCAGGGGUGAAGUGGGCACAUUUAUACCCAUAAGGGCAUGCCUGGCACACAGUUGGCAUCAAACCCCAUUUAGGGUCAUGGCUACAUGAAGUCCAGUUGGAUGGCAUGGGGGAGGGCUCCUGAGGGGGUAUGCCACUGGGAAAAGCUAUUUUUAUUGCCCUAAACCUCAAGCCUCCAGCUUGGGUGUGUCUCUGAGCAGGGGAGUGGUGAGCAUAGUGUGGUGGGAGUGAGGAAGCAGAAAGCAGAAGGCCUGGGCAGUGUCCUGGGGAGAGGGAGGGGUGGGUGUUCCUAAGGCCCCUUCCUGUAAAGAAGAAGGCCCCAUUGCUUGGGACAAGAACAGUCCUGCAGGAGGGUGUCAGCGGUCCCUGUGGAAGGACUCCACACUUGGCACCCGCCUCUGACCAGUCUCUUAUUUUAGAAAGAGGGCCGGACAUUUUGUGCAUUUGUACGACUGAAGUUGCUGUGUGCUUGGCAUGACUAAAUCGCAGACUCUCACCAAAAGCAGAUGUUUAUCUCCAGAUGCCAUCCCAGCGAGCACAUGGCCUGAAUAAAUAAAUAAAUUACUCUGCAAUUUCAGAAGUAAAGCAUGCCUGUCAGUAUUGGCUUUCAGUAAUUUUCAAGGGAGAAAGUUCCAAAACAAAAGUCUGCUUGGAUUUGGAAAUGAUACCUCCUUCAAAGCUUAAUUCUUUCCUUAUGUUCAGAGUCUGAUAAAAAUGAGAUACAGAUUGAGGCCUGUUUUAAUACAGUCCUGCUAUCUGUAUAGUGCUAAAGGAUCAAGAUAAAAUUUUGUGCGGGAAGUAUUUUGCUCAUUCAUUUGUUGAGCACACUCACCUCUGAGUGUGGGCUUGCCUGGACCCCCGCCUCCGGACCCCUGGGAAGAUGUGAGAGUGAGCUUAUAGCCACAGCGAGGCAGAAGUGGGCUGGGCAGUGGUCAGAUGGCAGGGAAUUUGGACAUGGGCAGGGGGAGGGCAUCCAAGUGGAGGGGACAGGCGACGGAGGGGGCAGGGUGCAGCUG